CACCAACAAGGCAAGAGGUGAAAGAUGAAAAACAAACUUCUAUUCUUGGCUUAUUUCAUUGGAUUAUUACUAAUUUCAAAUUCUAAAACUAUUGAAGAUGAUAAUGAGAUUGAGAAAGAGCCCAGUGAGAGCAAACUUGGGGAAGGACCAGAAGAUGGAUACCAAGAAGUUGAAGACAAUCCUGAGGAGAAUGGUGAUCUGUCAGAAGGAGAUAUAGAUAGAAGUGAAGAGAAAUUCAAAUCUGCGAGAACAGGAGAUUCUGCCUUGAGAUGGCCAAGGGGAAAGGUGAUAUAUGCAAUUGAUAAAAUGAAAAUAUCAUCAAGAACGAGUGCAAAUAUAACAAAGGCAAUGAAAAUGAUAGAAGAUGCUGUUGCAAUUCGUGGAAAAAAGUGCAUAGAAUUUUCACCAAAAUCAUAUUCUGAUGAUGACUUUGUCUUUUUAACUAGCAAAAAUGGGUGUUUCUCUAAGGUUGGUAAGGUGGGAGGUAGACAGGAUAUAUCGUUGGGUAUAGGCUGUAGAAAGAUUGGUACAAUAAUACAUGAGCUGUUACAUUCUCUUGGGCUGGAACAUGCACAUACAGAAGCGAAUAGGGACAAUUAUGUCCAUGUCAAUUGGAAAAAUGUCAUACCAGGGAAAAUCAUUAACUUCAAAAAGAGGGCGCUGUCAAAAUAUGACCAUAAACCAUACGACGUUGGUAGCAUCAUGCACUAUGGAAACUUUGUCUUUUCAAAACGACCCUAUCUUAAAACAAUGCAGUCUAAAAAGAACCCUAAACUUAUAUUUGGACAAAGAAGUCACUUGAGCAAGGGAGAUAUUGCCGUUCUGAGAAAAAUGUAUAUGUGCACAGCAAAAGGAUCUGGAGUUAAGAGUAACACUGUGAAAAAAUCAUACGCACAGCCUAAACCUAAAACCACAAAAAAAGCACCAUUAAGACAACAAUCUACUAGACGAAAUUAUGGAUCGUCUUCUGUGCGCCGCACAUCUGCAACAACACGAAGAAGAUUUGUUGCUGGUUGACAAUUGUUGAAAUCUCCAUGACAAACUAAAAUCUUAUGAAAGUGAUAUAAAGUUUCAAUUUUUAAACUGACCAGGUGAUGAGAAAGAAUAUUGUAUGAAACAAUACGUUAUUGUAUGAAACAAUACGUUGAAAGUUCAAUCAGUUUGGUUAUCAUUAAUUGUACCAGGUGCAAUAAGAAAUAUAUUUUUCUAAAUUGAAAAGUGGUGUUGAGUUUUCUUUUCUUAUAGGCCUAUAAGUAACAGAAAUGUUG